UCACAGAAGCAGUUGGAUAGAUCUUCACGGUCAUCGUUCACCACUGUGUGGGAGAAGUUUGCCAGCCAGACACCAGAUGAGCGUGAUGCCUUCUUAUCCGAAGCAUUCCCUGUUGGCAUUUUUUGGGGUUCUUCUUCUGCUGCUUUCAAAGUGGAGGGAGGCUGGACCGAGGGAGGAAGAGGACAGUCUAUAUGGGAUGUGUUUGGACAACAAGGCAAUGCUCAAGACAAUGGAACUGGAAAUGUGGCCUCUGACAGCUACAACAAGAUUGACUAUGACAUAUACUUCCUAAAAAGUCUACAGACUACCAUCUACUACUUCUCCAUCUCCUGGUCCCGGAUCUUCCCAACAGGGCUCAAGUCCACAGUCAGCACAGCGGGAGUGAAAUACUACAAUAAACUGAUUGAUAGAUUAAUAGAAGAAAAUAUCACACCAAUCGUGGCACUGUACCACUGGGAUCUGCCCCAAGAUCUACAGGAAACAGGUGGUUGGCAGAAUGAAGCCACCAUUGAUGCCUUUGGGGAAUAUGCUGAUUUCUGCUUUAGCACUUUCGGAGAUCGAGUGAAGCUCUGGAUCACCUUCCAUGAACCCUGGGUGGUCAGCUAUGCGGGUUAUGGCACUGGAGAGCAUGCACCUGGGAUUAAAGAUCCAGGGAAUGCCUCGUUUAAGGUGACCCAUAAUAUUGUGAAGGCUCACGCAAGGGCCUGGCAUGUCUUUGAUGAUAAGUACCGUGCCGAGCAAUAUGGAGCGGUGGGCAUCUCUCUGAAUUCAGACUGGGCAGAGCCGGCUAACCCCAAUGACCCAGAAAGUGUGAGCGCUGCAGAGCGAUAUGUCCAGUUCAUGCUGGGAUGGUUCGCUCAUCCUAUUCUGUUGAAUGGAGACUACCCAGAGGUUCUGAAGGCACAGGUACACCAGAAGACCACACAGUGCCCCACCAUAGUGGCCCCAUUGCCCACUUUCACUGAAGCAGAGAAAACUUAUAUUCUAGGUACAGCAGACUUCCUUGGGAUCUCGCACUACACGUCCCGGCUGGUCAAUGUCUCUAGCAGCUCUCCUUGUGAGCCCAGCUAUGAAAACAUUGGUGGGUUUACUACACAUGUGGAUCCAUCCUGGCCAACCACCGCCUCUCCAUGGAUCUCUGUUGUGCCAUGGGGGCUCAGGAGGAUUUUGAAUUUUGUCAAGGAAGAGUAUGGGAAAGCAGUAAUAUCAAUAUUCAUAACUGGCAAUGGAAUGCCAACAUCCAGUAUGGCAGAUGUAUUCAAUGACACGGACAGAGUGCAGUACCUGACCUCCUACAUCAAUGAGGCGCUUAAAGCAUUCAAUUCUGAUGGUGUGAUUAUAAGAUCAUACAUAGUCCGGUCUCUCUUGGAUGGCUUUGAGGGUCCUGAGGGAUAUAGCCAGAGGUUUGGCUUACAUCACGUUGAUUUCCAAAACUCAAACAGACAACGGACCCCGAAAGCGUCCGCCUAUUCAUACUCCACCAUUAUUAAGAACAACGGCUUUCCAACCUUCGAAAGAGACAUGUAUCAUUAUGCAGCUGUUCCAGAAGAUUUCAAAUGGGGGGUUUCCACAUCAGCCUACCAGGUGGAAGGAGCAUGGGAUGAAGAUGGAAAGGGACCCAGUAUAUGGGACACAUUUACACAUGUACCUGGAAAUAUAUUUGCAAAUGGUAAUGGGGACAUAGCAUCUGACAGUUACCACCAGCUAGAUGCGGACUUAUACAUGCUUAGAGGCUUAGGAGUGAACAGUUAUCGUUUCUCCAUCUCCUGGUCUAGAAUAUUUCCAACUGGACAAGGCACGGCCAAUGACAAAGGUGUUGACUACUACAACAGACUCAUUGAUGGUCUACUAGCAAGUAACAUUUCUCCAAUGGUGACCCUCUACCACUUCGAUCUUCCCCAAGCUCUCCAAGAUUUGGGUGGCUGGGAGAAUGAUACCGUUAUUGAAGCCUUCAAUAACUAUGCUGACUUUUGCUUUAGGACAUUUGGAGAUAGGGUCAAGUUCUGGAUGACAUUCCACCAGCCAUACACUAUUGCAACAGCUGGCUAUGGUACUGGUGUACACCCACCUGCAGUAAAAGACCCUGGCUAUGCUCCAUACAGAAUAGGUCACAACUUGUUAAGAGCCCAUGCCAGAGUAUACCACACAUAUGAUGAUAAUUAUCGAGGGAACCAACAAGGUGUGAUCUCAUUAAGCCUCAACACAAAUUGGGUGGAACCCAAUGACCAAACAGAUCCAAAGGACAUUGAAGCCGCUGACCGUUACCUACAGUUCACACUGGGGUGGUUUGCUCACCCCAUAUUCAUAAAUGGCGAUUAUCCAGAGGCCAUGAAGUGGCAAGUGGCCAACAAGAGUGCACUACAGGGUCUCUCAUCCUCCAGACUUCCUGCUUUUACAGAUGAAGAGAAGGCCUACAUCCAGGGCACAGCUGAUGUUUUCUGUAUUAACAUCUACACCACCAAAAUAGUUCAGCAGACAAUUAACAGCUUGCACCCUCCGUCUUUCAAUGCUGAUAUUGAUAUAGUAGAAAGAUUUGACGAUAGUUGGCCUACCACAGCUUUUUAUGAUGUUUACAGGGCAGUAGCCUGGGGGAUGAGGAGGCUGCUUAAUUGGGUUAAAGAAGAGUACGGAGAUGUCCCAAUCUAUGUCACUGAAAGUGGACUUUCGAUGGACAGUAACCCAGAUUUUGAUGACAUUGCCCGAAUAGAAUAUUACAAGACAUACAUUGAUGAAGCAUUGAAAGCUUAUAGCCUGGAUGGUGUCGAUCUAAAGGGUUACUGUGCGUGGUCAUUAAUGGACACCUUUGAGUGGGAACAAGGAUAUCGACUUCGGUUUGGACUUCAUCAUGUGGAUUUCAAUAAUCCCAAUCGCCCAAGGACAGCCAAGCGCACAGCCAUUUAUUACGCCGAGGUGAUACAUGACAACGGAAUAGUACAGUCUAGAGAUGAUGGUUUCCUGCUUGACGAAUUCCGCCCGGACUUCGCUUGGGGUGUGGCCUCCUCUGCUUAUCAGGUACAGCAAUGGUGGUUUUCUGGACAAUCUUUUUUCCCUGGCAAAUGGUUUCCAUGA